UGUAUUUAAUAUGCUUCUUUUGCGACAGAUUUUAUGUCAUAAAGCUCAAUCUCAAUUCACUAAAUUAACAUUUCAACGAUUUUUUAGCAAUAACGAUUGCAAUGGACAGCAAGUAAAGAAGUUGAGCUUAAAAAAUGUAGAUGUGGCUGGAAAAAGGGUUUUUAUGAGAGUGGACUUCAAUGUACCCAUGAAAGAUGGUAAAAUAACCAACAACCAACGAAUUGUUUCCGCACUUCCCAGUAUUAAAUAUGCUCUGGAUAAAAAAUGCAAGUCCUUAGUUUUGGCUUCCCACUUGGGACGCCCCGAUGGCAAGAAGAACCAAAAGUUUAGUCUGGAACCGGUGUCCAAGGAGCUGGAGAAUGUGCUGGGCAAGCCGGUUAAAUUCUUGGACGACUGUGUGGGUGAUCACACACUGGAAGCUUUGAAGGAUCCGUCCGAGGGCACGUUGGUCCUGCUGGAGAAUCUUCGUUUCUACGCCGAGGAGACGGGCAGCAGCAAGGACGAGAACAAGAAGAAGGUCAAGGCCGAUCCCCAGAAGGUCAAGGAAUUCCGGGCCAAGUUGGCGCAGUUGGGCGAGAUCUAUGUGAACGAUGCCUUCGGAACAGCACAUCGUGCGCAUAGUUCCAUGAUGGGCGAUGGCUACAAGGUGCGAGCGGCUGGAUUCCUGCUGGACAAGGAACUGGAGUACUUUGCCAAGGUGCUCCACGAUCCAGCGAAGCCCUUUUUGGCCAUUUUGGGUGGCGCCAAGAUAGCCGACAAAAUUCCGCUAAUAACGAACCUCCUGAACAAUGUGACGGCCAUGAUCAUUUCCGGCGGCAUGGCCUUCACCUUUCUCAAAGUGCUCAGUAAUAUGGAGAUUGGAAAAUCCCUCUACGACGAGAAGGGAUCCAAGUUGGUAAACGACAUAGUCUGCAAGGCAAAGGAGAAGAAUGUGAACAUACUAUUUCCGAUUGACUUUGUCGUUGCCAACAAGAUCGACAAGGAGCCGGAUAAAAUCGAUUACGUGGAUGUCACACAGGGUAUACCGAAGGACAUGAUGGGUCUGGACCACGGCCAGGUAUCCAGUGAGAUGUUUGCAGGCGCCAUUUGUGCGUCCAAAACCAUCGUGUGGAACGGACCGCCAGGCUUAUUCGAGAACGAGCUGUUCUCCCAAGGCACCGAGUCCAUGUUGCAGGCAGUAAUUGGGGCCACAAAGAGGGGCGCCACCACAAUCGUGGGUGGUGGGGACACGGCCACCGCUUGCUUGAAGUUCGGAGGCGCCGACAAGGUCUCACAUGUGUCCACAGGCGGAGGAGCUUCCCUGGAGUUGCUCGAGGGAAAGGUUCUGCCUGGAGUGGCUGCCCUUUCGGAUGCCUGAAAGCAGAGCCUUUUCUACUUUACUUGUGCAUUCACUGUGGAUAAUUAAACAAUCAUUCUCUC